AUGGAGAUACAGGAUUUUUCGGAUGACAUCGCUGUCAAAGUUAAAAAAUACCAGAGAGGUGAAAGUGCCGACUUAGAGGGCUUGAAAGACAAAAAGUUGAAAGGCCAGCUUGCUAAUAGAGAAGAACUAUAUAAAAAGUCUGCUAAUGCUGCUGCUAAAGCUGAGAAGUGGCUUAUGCAAACUGAGAGUGGCCUUCUGGAACCUGAAGGUAUUGAAAAGACAUGGAGGUUCAGUCAGCAGUCUAUUGCUCAGGAAGUGGAUGUUGCUAGUAGAAAGAAUCAAUUUGAUAUCAUCUUACCAGAUCUUGGUCCUUACACCAUUGAUUACACCUCAAGUGGGAGAUAUAUGUUGACAGCAGGACGCAAAGGCCACCUGGCGAUUAUGGACAUGCAUACUUUGAAACCUGUUAAGGACUUUCAGGUUAGAGAAACUGUGCGCGAUGUGGUGUUUUUGCACAAUGAAUUGUUCUUUGCUGCAGCACAAAAGAAAUACACAUAUAUUUACAACCGUGCUGGCACAGAACUUCAUUGCCUGAAGGAACAUGGAGCAGUGUUGAAGCUUCAAUUUCUCAAAAACCAUUUCCUUCUAUCAUCCAUAAACAAAUCCAGCCACCUCCGCUUUCAAGACAUUACCACCGGUCAAAUGGUGGGAAAUUACCGAACUGCCCUUGGCCGGUCAGACGUUUUACAACUAAACCCUUACAACAGUGUCAUAACCUCCGGCCACUCGGGCGGCACAGUCUGCAUGUGGAAGCCCACCACCUCCACCCCGCUAAUCAAAAUCCUCUGCCACCAUGGCCCGGUCACCGCCAUCUCCUUCCACCCAAACGGCCACCUCAUGGCCACUGCUGGAAUGGACAAGAAAAUCAAAAUCUGGGAUUUAAGAACCUACAAAACCCUACAAACUCUUCCCGGAAAUGCCAAAACCCUAAGUUUCAGCCAAAAAGGCCUCCUUGCAGCCUCCACAGGCUCAUUCACACAGAUUUUACAAUCUUCAGAUUCUUCAAAUUACAAUCGAUACAUGAUUCAUACAAUGGCAAAAGGUUACCAAAUCAAUAGAAUCCAAUUCCGACCUUACGAAGACGUGCUCGGAAUCGGACAUUCCAUGGGGUUUUCGUCGAUUCUGGUUCCAGGGUCUGGGGAACCGAACUUUGAUUCGUGGGUGGCGAAUCCGUUUGAGACGGUGAAGGAGAGGCGGGAGAAGGAGGUGAGGGUGUUGCUUGAUAAACUGCCGCCGGAAUCGGUGAUGCUGGACCCCACAAAGGUUGGGAAUAUGAGGGAGGUGAAGAGGAAGGAGAAGAAGACGAAGGCGGAAGUGGAGGAGGAGAAGGCGGCGGCGGUGGCUGCCGCCAAGAGUGUGGCGGUGAAGAAGAAGACGAAGGGGAGGAGUAAGCCGAGUAAAGUGGCGAGGAAGAAACAGGAGGGGAUUGAGAAUGCAAAGAGGGGGUUUGUUGAGGAGAAUGAAGGAAGGGAUAAGAAGAAGCAAAAGAGGAUUACUGAGGUGAAUGAAUUGCCGAUUGCUUUGCAGCCUUUUGUUAGCAAAAAAGGAAAGUAAGAUCUGGAGUUUUGGUUGGGUUUUUUGA